CUCUCGAUUUGCCCAGCAUCGCACACAUGCUUCCAGAAACACUCAUCAGUUCACGCGCUCGAAUCCUCACGAGGAACGCCGAUCAAUAAUCGUAUAGAGAGAACAUACGAGACGAUCCGGCGCUGCCUUCUCGCCGUCUUCAACUUCUUGCAAGCCGUCCGUUGCAGCUGGUCGAGUUGGACCUCUCGGCGGUGAGCUACAGAGGAACUACAUAAUUGAAUCUUGUGCAUGACCUUACUGUGCAAUGGCUGAUUCAUCUGACUCGUCAUUUUUUGAUCGUAUGAUCAGUCAACUUCGGACAACAUGCAAGUAUUAUACUGGCUAUCCAAAGGAUCUUGGACCAUCAAGGGUUGUUCAUUUUACCUCAGAGCGUGAGUUUGUCCAGCUCCUUCAUGAAGGUUAUCCUGUUGUUGUUGCAUUUACUAUAAGGGGCAACUAUACGAAACAUCUUGACAAAGUAUUGGAAGAAGCUGCUGCCGAGUUUUAUCCACAUAUUAAAUUUAUGCGUGUUGAGUGUCCAAAAUAUCCUGGAUUUUGCAUAACACGGCAGAGAAAGGAGUAUCCAUUUAUUGAAAUAUUUCACAGCCCACAACAAGCAGCUGGCCAGGGAAGGAUGGCUGAUCCAAAUGUCACGAAAUACAACGUGAAGGUCUUGCCUUUUAACUACGAUCUCAGUGCUUAUGGAUUUAGAGAAUUUUUUAAGCGUCAUGGAAUACAGGCAUCAAACCCCAAGUAAAAAUACUGCAAAAUGUUUGAAUGUAACCCAACCAUUAAUUAUUAAUUAAUGGAAUAAUAUGUGCAUACUUGCAUGCGCUGUGUUUGGUCCUAUAAAGGAUUUGUCUGCUUAAUUUUUUUUUUAAUUGCAGUUUGCAGUUUAAAUUUAACUGUUUUGAGGAAGUAAACAUGCAAAUGGAAAAAGUUAUGCUGGAUAAUUUUUUCCUGAUUAUCAAAAUCGUAGAUGGUUCCUACUCAGAAGAA